CUUACUCCCUUAUAAAUAGCUCAGCUCACUUCCUCUUCAAUUCACAUUUCAUAGCAAAAUAGUUUUCUCACAAUAACAAUCACAUAAAGCAAUGACACACAGAGUGGUUCUGUCUCUCCUCCCUUUUCUCAUGCUCUCCUUGAUUAAUGACCAUGGAAGCUUUGCAAGAGACUUGAACCAAGCUGAUCAGCUUUACCUUGAUGGCUGGCUCAAAAACACUCAACUAAAGAACCAACAACACUCUCCUGGCUCCAACCAAGUUUACCUUGAUGGAUGGUUGAAAGAUACCAGAGUCGAGAAAGUAAAGUCCAACCCUGACUUCAACCAAGUUUACCUUGAUGGAUGGUUGAAAGAUACCAGGGGUGAGAAAGCAAAAGCCAACCCUGAUUCCACCCAAGUUUACCUUGAUGGAUGGUUGAAAGAUACCCGAGUUGAGAAAGCAAAAGUCAACCAUGACUCCAAACAAGUUUACCUUGAUGGAUGGUUGAAAGAUACACGAUCUGAGAAAGCAAAAGUCAACCCUAACUCCAACCAAGUAUACCUCGAUGGAUGGUUGAAAGAUACUCGAGCUGAAAAACCAAAAUUCAACUCCGACUCCAACCAAGUUUACCUUGACGGAUGGUUGAAAGAUACCCGAGCUGAGAAAGAAAAAUCCAACUCUGACUCCAACCAAGUUUACCUGGAUGGAUGGUUGAGAGAUACAAGAGGCGAGAAAGAAAAAUCCAACCCUAACUCCAACCAAGUUUACCUCGAUGGAUGGUUGAAAGAUACCAGAGCCAAGAAAGCUAACAUAGACUCCAAACAAGUUUACCUUGAUGGAUGGUUGAAAGAUACCCGAGUUGAGAAAGCAGAAUCUAACUCUGACUCCAGCCAAGUUUACCUUGAUGGAUGGUUGAAAGAUACCCGAGCUGAAAAAGUGAAAUCCGUCCCUGAAUCCAAUCAAGUUUACCUUGAUGGAUGGUUGAAAGAUAUCCGAGAUGAGAAAGAAAAAUCCACCCCUAACUCCAACCAAGUUUACCUUGAUGGAUGGUUGAAAGAUACCCGAGCCGAGAAAGUCAAAGCUAACUCAGAGUUAAACCAAGUUUACCUUGAUGGAUGGUUGAAAGAUACCCGAGCUGAGAAAGAAAAAGCCAACUCUAACUCCAAUCACGUUUACCUUGAUGGAUGGGUGAAAGAUAUGCGUGCUGAGAAAGAAAAAGUCAACCCUAACUCCAACCAAGUUUACCUUGAUGGAUGGUUGAAAGAUACCCGAGCCGGAAACACUAAAUCCAACACUGGCUCCAACCAAGUUUACCUUGAUGGAUGGUUGAAAGAUAUCCGAGCUGAGAAAGAAAAAUCGGCUUUUGACUCCAAACAAGUUUAUCUUGAUGGAUGGUUGAAAGAUACACGAGCUGAGUAAAAAAAUUCCUCCCUUAACUCCAACUAAGUCUACCUUAAUGGCUGGUUGAAUGAUAAUUAGUUGUGUCUGUGUAAUGUAAUAUUUUAUUUCCAUGUACUAAGAAAGAGCUUAUUUGUGUA